UGCACCCUCUAACCGUAUAGUUUAGCUUUGACAUAAUCAAAGAUAUUUUCAUAUUAAGAAUGUAUCUCUUCCCUAUUGGUGUUUUAUUUUGGUGUAAAGGUUGAUCAGUGGCGUUGUGGUAUUUUUAUGUGCGAAAAGCCUCUCUGAGGUGCUUAUGGUUAAAAGUGGAGAAUGAGUGAGCGCAGUGUCAUUAGAAAUUUAUCGAGAGUUCUUCGUUUGUGUCUAAAUGAUUAUAAUCUACGUUGACAUCAUUUUGCUUAUUAUUUUGUUGCUGUUGGUAAUUUUUACAUGCGGGUACUGUGCAUACAGGGUGCAUCAUAUGCAACAAAAUGGACAAGUGGCCAUUUUACUGCGGCCGACAAAAGUAUUAUUCUCACAUAGAACAGAAGACAACUCGGAACAGUUGAGGACAGUGGUGGCAUACCGAAAUCCAUUCACCGGGGACUACUGCGUUCACAAGAACAGGGAGCCCAAGGGUUACCUGAACUCCACUCAAUCCCUGGCCUCCACCGACAGUGGGCUGUCCGACGAGUACGAGCCUUUGAACCUACCGCCCUUGCCGGAAGACAACGCUACAAUGCCAGGACAAGUUCAUGAUUUCCCUCACACCACGCGAACAGACGACUACAGCCUUAAGAAGACUUGGAAAUGGGACUACACAGAAUAUCAAAUUUAAUCAUAAUAGUAUCCGGGGAUUGUUGAUUCGAAAGUUGGAGGAAAGUAUUUUCCAACUUGGCUAUCUUGUUAUCAUACUCGUAAAUAACUAAAAUGUUGAAGCCCGAUAAUACGAAAAUUUAUCAGAUGAUAUUAUGUAUACUCGUUGGCAGAAAAAGGGGCACAUAUUAUACUUUGCGUCUUUUUCAAAUGAUGCAAAAUGACGUAAGUGCCGAAUCAAUUAAAAUGGGAAAAAACUUUAAGUAUCCAUCCUAAUAUUGGCUCAAUAGCUUUUGUUUGAAAAUGCUAUGAAUGCCAAUAAUAGGACUUUCUAUAAUAUUAUGAACUAUAAG